AUGAGUGGGAGGCUGUUAUCGGCGAGGCUUCUGCCCGCGGCUCAACGUAUCAACUCACAGUCUGCCCGACAUUUCCAUCAUAAUACGGUAUCUACCGCUGGUGGUCUCCUCAGAUCAGAUUCUGCCGUUCGUAUUGCGAGAGGAAGGUUAUGGCCAGCUGGACAUACACCCUUUUCAAAUGCUGUAGUCGUUCGAAAUGCUUCUUUUGUUCGCAUCCUCCCGAAUCUGUUGCUAAAGUUUGCAAGAAUACCGGCGCUCUUCGCUGGAGUGACGGUUGGCGGUCUAGCAUAUAUACAAUACCAGGCUACCCAGGCUGGUAAUUAUGUUACAGAAAUAUUUAAUCAAACAACGAACACUGUGACUGGCGUGGCAGGAGGUUUAUUCGGCAAUGCAAAGGAUAUUGCAAGUCAAACACGACAAGGAUGGGAGAAGACAAAAGAAUCUGUUGAAUUGCCGGAGUGGAUGCAAAAGGUAUUACGGAUCCAUGAAGAAAUUGGGGAAGGGAAUGGUGGAGGUGGGGGUGGGGGCCCUGGCGGGGAACCACCUAAACAAAGCAGAAUGGGAGCUGCGGCUGUAGGAGGAAGUGCUGCCGCAUAUGGAUAUGAUCAAUAUACGGAGGACGACAGAUCUCCGGUAGCUGCUGCUCGAGAUGACCAAAUGAUGGUUUUGACCAAGAAAAUGAUUGAGAUUAGAAGCAUAUUGCAGACUGUUGGGCAGUCAAAUGCUCUUACUUUACCCUCAAUCGUUGUUAUUGGAUCACAAUCAUCAGGGAAAAGCUCUGUGUUAGAAGCAAUUGUUGGACAUGAAUUCUUACCCAAGGGAUCGAACAUGGUCACACGACGACCCAUAGAGUUGACCCUUGUCAAUACUCCUGAUUCCCAAGCCGAGUAUGGAGAAUUUCCUGCUCUUGGCUUAGGAAAGAUUACCGACUUCUCACAUAUCCAGAGGACGUUAACAGAAUUGAAUUUGGCUGUUCCUGACACAGAAUGUGUUUCUGAUGAUCCAAUCCAACUAACCAUCUCAUCGCCUCAUGUCCCCGACUUGUCCCUUAUUGAUCUUCCCGGAUAUAUCCAGGUUGUGGGUGAAGAUCAACCUUUGGAGUUGAAGCAGAAAAUUUCAGACUUAUGCGACAAGUACAUUCAACCUCCUAAUGUUAUUCUUGCUAUUUCUGCUGCAGACGUGGAUCUAGCCAACUCAACAGCUUUACGUGCAAGCCGAAGAGUUGACCCACGAGGUGAACGAACAAUUGGUGUUAUCACGAAGAUGGACCUGGUUGAUCCUGCGAGGGGAGUUUCCAUUCUUAAUGACCGAAAAUACCCCUUAAGACUCGGUUAUGUUGGUGUUGUGUCACGAGCACCACAACAAUCACAAACAAGAUCGUUAUUCAAAGCAGGUAGUGGAAGCAUCGCGGAAGCUAUUAUCAAGAACGAGCAUGCAUUCUUCUCUUCUCAUCCUAUGGAGUACGGACCUGAUGCUGGACUCAAUGUCGGCACUACAACGCUACGGAAGAAACUCAUGCAUGUCCUCGAAAAGACAAUGGCGGCGAGCCUUCAAACUACCAGUGAUGCUAUUCAUCAAGAACUUGAAGAGGCUACCUAUGAAUUCAAAGUUCAAUACAACGACCGUCCUCUAUCAGCAGAAUCCUACCUCGCCGAGAGUCUUGAUGCAUUCAAGCACUCUUUUAAAGAGUUUGCCGAAACUUUUGGACGACCUCAAGUUCGCGAGAUGCUGAAAGAAGAACUUGAUCAACGAGUCUUGGAUCUUUUAGCGGCCCGUUACUGGAAUAGACCUAUCUCAGAUCUUUCACCAUCACCACCGGAACCCAACACACUCGCGGAGCUCCCAACCGCCGAUCCCGACUCCCUUUUCUGGCACCGCAAACUCGAUGCUUCUACUUCUGCUCUCACCAAACUUGGUAUCGGUCGUCUUGCAACUCAAGUCGUAGCCAGUGCAAUCCAAGGCCAUGUUGACCGUCUCAUCUCUCAAUCGACCUUCGCAACUCAUCCGUUUGCUCGUCAGGCUAUUACUGAUGCAGCUGCCGGUAUCUUGAAUGAGAGGUUCUAUAGCACUAGUGACCAAGUCGAAAACUGCAUUAAGCCGUACAAGUUUGAGAUCGAUGUUGAAGACAGCGAAUGGUCUCGCGGUAGAGAAAACGUUACAUCGGUGUUGAAGAAUGAGCUUAAAGCUUGUGAAGAUGCGUCGAAGAAUUUGGAGCAGCAUGUUGGUGGUAGGAAGAAGAUGAGAGAUGUUAUGAGCUUUGUUGAUAAGGCAAGAAAGGGUGAGGUCAUUGUUGAUGGUGAUGCCAGUGGUGCUGGAGGAUUCAGUUCUGCUUUAUUGCAAAAAGGUCGUGAAGCUGUAUUCCUCCGCGACCGUUCCGUCCUCCUCGGCCUCCGUCUUAAGGCCCUCAAAUCCACUCAAUGUGCCUCGGUCAAAAACAAAUAUUACUGCCCAGAAGUCUUCCUUGACGUCGUCUCCACCAAACUCACCUCUACAGCUGUUCUCUUUCUAAAUGUAGAACUCCUCUCCGAAUUCUUUUACCAGUUCCCUAGAGAAUUAGACCAGAGAUUAGGAAGAGGUCUAACGAAAGAAGAAGUGGAGAAAUUCGCGAGAGAGGAUAAGAAGAUUGAAAGGCAUCUAGAGGUUAUCAGGCGGAAGGAAUUGUUGGAGUUGGUCUUGGGGAAGAUGGAAGGGUUGAGGGAUCUAAGAGAGUUGGAUAACGGGGAGGCGAGGAGACCACAAAGAGGGCCGAAGAAUGGGAGAGGACCUGGGAGUAAAGAUGGUGUGAGAGGUCCCGGCGGAAAGGAGAAUGGGAGGGGUGGGUGGAGUUUGUUUUAG